AUGUGGCAUUCAAUACCACUGGCCCAGUACAUGGUUAUGAUUUUACUGAUCCAUCGUGGUAUACGGGAAAUAAACGAAGAAAUCACGACAAUUAGAAAAUGGAAAGCACGUCGAACAAGAUGGAAGGAAUUGAAGAACUUGGCUGAAUACCUUACCGAAUCCGUAUUUGGUGAGGUUUUAAUUUUAUUCCUAUGGACAUCCGUUGGCGAUGUGUUAUUCUUUUGUUGUGUAAGUUAUCAGUCAUUUAAAUUAAACAUGGAUGUCCGUUCAUACGUUCAAUUUGCUUCGCUGUAUAUGUUACAUACAGGUUUCAAACUUAAGCCAUGUGGUAUUUUUGAGUUAACAUUUAAUCAACUAUUGACUAUAUUCACAGUGUUGGCUGCUUUCUUAGUGUUUCAAAUUCAAAUGACAUUAUUAGAUAACCGGGAUUUGAUAUUUUUAGAUUUUUAG